CUCUAUGUGGAAACAUUUUUACCAGCUGUGCGAAAAAUAGACUAAUUUUAAAAUAUUUCCAUUUUUGUAUAAUCUGGGAAAAGUAAUAAAAAGUCAGGUUUAAAGAAUGUCAUUUAGGGUGUUUUUACUGCUUUAAAGUGUCAAAAUGGGUCAAAUUUGACCUGAACAGUGGGCUAUGUGAACGUCAAAUUUCUGUCUUUGUGGUGGCAAAUCAAAUUUCUAAAUGUGAAAUAAUCCGUUAAGUGCACACUUAGGCCUACACAAACUUAACGUAAACUGCUAUGUUAUAAACAAAUGUGUGAAAUCAACUCGGUCAAAGGACAGCAAUGUGUCCAUCUGUGAGUGACUUUUAUUCACAAAAUGUUUACAUAAGCCAGUCUUUGAUCGCCACGCUCCAAAGCGAGAAUAUUUGAGACUAGCUACAAUACAGUCGUGUGACCCCUUCUUCAACCUAAACAGGGAGCACAGAUGUCUCUUACAGUGGCAUAAACAGUGUGAGAAACUCGGCGAGAUGAAAGGCGCUGAUCACCGCUGCGUCCUGUACCUGUGGGCGGAGUGUUUGCACCUGCGGACUCAAUCUUAGCGCUGCCUUGCUUGGCGCAGAUUGCAGCUCUUUUGCCCCAGCAGGACGCACAGCGGAGACGUGAGCAAUGGAUGCGGAUGAGAAAUCCCCCGCCGACCAGGGAGUGCAGCUCCUCGACAUCAGCUCCAACUCGCCCCCGUCUGAGCCCAGAGGCGCAGAGGAGACCGGCAACCCGGAGAAGCCGCCGUACUCCUACGUGGCUCUCAUCGCCAUGGCCAUCAAUGACAGCUAUGACAAGAGACAAACUGUGAGCGGAAUAUACGAUUACAUCGUCUCCAAGUUCCCCUACUAUGAGAAGAAUAAGAAAGGCUGGCAAAACAGCAUCAGACACAAUCUGUCUCUAAACGAGUGUUUCGUCAAGGUGCCCAGGGAGAGCGGAGGGGACAGGAAGGGCAACUACUGGAUGCUGGAUCCCGCUUUUGAGGAUAUGUUUGAGAAGGGGAACUACCGGCGGAGGAGGAGGGUGAGGAGACCCUACAGACCCCCCAGCGUGCCUUAUCCGUCCGGGAACCCCGUGGACUAUCCUGAGCCGCUCUACCUGCAGCCUUACGUGAGCAGCUCCUGGAGUCUGUGCCAGCCCAGCUCAUCCCAGCCGACCGGAUACCGAACAGCUCAGGUUAUCACCCGCAGCGUCUCCCCGAGCCCCUAUUGCCCGCCACCCCACUUCCACCACUCUCCCUACGGGGCUUAUCGUCACCACCAGCAGCCCGUGCUGGUACCCCACAACGGGUGUCCCUACGGCGGAGUGACCCAGCCGAUGAGCCCCGACGCAGGCACCGUUUCCGUGGCAUGCAACUACCAGCAGUUCACCUCCUAUGCGAGGCAAGCGGAGCUGCCAUUCACUCAGUCAUUUGGCCUGUAAGUUAUUCAAACCAACGACAGCCAGUUCACAGACUGAGAGUUAUGUUUCACCAUUUCAGUUCGGCUGUCAUUCGUUUGUCAGUCAAAAGUUAAUUGAUUGGCAGUUUGAUAAGGUGUAAAUUUGUUGGUUGUUGGUUGAUUGUUAAGUAAGCUGUUGGUUAACAUUGUUUGAAAGGCUGAAGUUUCAAGAAGUCAUUGCAUUUGCUUCAGAAAUGUCACCGAUCAACUGUGAAACUGCAGGAAGACAGCUGAAUUAAGUGUGAGCCUUAUUGUAUCCAUCUUUUGUUGGAGAAUUAUUUUGUAACUAAAUGAAUUUACGUUUUUUAUUUCUACUUUUUUUUUAAGAAAAAAUGAUUUUCUUAUUUUUCUUAUUUUUGAAUAUUUGUAACUGUAUUAUUUAUUUCCUUUCUGUGGUUUUACCCAAUCCUCUGAGCUGCUAUGCAACAGUUGGUGACACUGAGAGAAUGAUCGGUUUUCUUAUUCGAUUAUGAAUGUUUACUUGAUGUAAAAUAC